GGUGCCUCUUGUAGAUUAUGGCCUGUUUGGUGCCUGCCGGUGUGAUUUCCACCACAACCCUUCCGCAUUUUCCUGCUGCUCUCGGGCUGUGACGUGUCGUGCUGACGGCGGCCUCGGAGCUUGGAGGAGCGGGGGGCUGUAGCAUGACAAGAUCUGGCUCCAGACGUCCUCGCUUUGCUUUCAGCAGAGCUCCAGAAACAACCCCUAACCCCUCCUUCUCCGCUCCUCCGCGGCCCGCCCAAAUAACACAAAAUUCCCGACUGAAUCCAGCCCGAGACUGGGGGAACCGGGCGGCCUGGGAAGCCGAAGAGCGCACGGAGGCCAACCCUGCAGCGUGAAUCUGGUACGCGGACACAUUUUCGCAGUUGGGACGCGCGUUUGCGAGGCUAUGUCUGCAUCUCUCUCCAGGAACAAAUGCAGUGCGAGGACAAUGGAUGAGGAUGUCACCAGGCUUGCCAUACAUUCAGAAGAGCCUAAAAUAAUAUUGCACGGAUCGGAUGAGGGUGGUGCUGGCGGGCAGGAGUUUGUUGUGGAGCUUCAAGAGACUGUGUUGGUGUCUGAAGGGGAGGGGGAAGGCAUGGCGGUUCACAGGUUUGCCCCAGAUGAGCUUGUCAUCCAGGAUGCUGUGGAGGAUGUGGUCUCUGAGUAUGUGCACUGUGACGAGGACGAAGAUGUCGCUGUGGAGACAUGCGUAAUGUCCCUGGAGGGUGAGGAGGAAGGCGUUGCCAUGGGAGACAUCCCUGAAGAUGGAAUGGACUCAGAGCAGCAGGAUGAUGACCAAGAUGGCUGUGGAGAUUAUUUGAUGAUUUCCUUGGACGAGGCCGGGAAAAUGGUGUCUGAGGAUGGGACAGAGGUGACAGUGGAGGGAGCUGUGGAGGACCAGGAGGUGGAGAAGGAUGAGGACGGACAGGAGGUGAUAAAGGUGUACAUCUUCAAGGCUGAUUCUGGGGAGGAUGACAUGGGAGAGUCCGUUGACAUCAGCGAUGGAGACACUGAGAGCAUGGCGUUAACAGAGUCUUCUGGCCAAACGCUGAGAGAGAAGAUGGUUUACAUGUCUGUAGGAGAUUCUCAUCACCAUCAAGGAAACCACGGUGUGGAGGACAGCGAGGGUUGCGAGAACAGAAACGGUGCAGCCAGCGCUCUACUGCAUAUUGAUGAAUCCGACGGGGUUGAUGAAAUCAAUCGACAACACAACAAGAGCAGAAGACGUUCGGAGCCGCGCCAGGUACAGACAGCCAUCAUCAUCGGUCCCUAUGGUCAGCCUUUGACAGUUUACCCCUGCAUGCUGUGUGGCAAGAAGUUCAAGUCACGGGGUUUCCUGAAACGCCACACCAAGAAUCAUCACCAGGAAGUUCUGACGCGGAAAAAGUACCAGUGUACCGACUGUGACUUCACCACCAACAAGAAGGCCAGCCUGCACAACCACAUGGAGGUGCACGCUCUCAGCAGCAAAGCCCCUUUCGAGUGUGAAAUGUGUGGCAAGGAAUUCCACCAGCAGGCGGCGCUGUUCUCACACAGACUGCAGCAUCACCACAGAGAGCCCAAGAACCAGCCGCCUCCAACGCCUACCAAGAUGCAUAAAUGCAAGUUCUGUGACUAUGAAACGGCUGAGCAAGGACUGCUCAAUCGGCACUUGUUGGCCGUCCACAGCAAAAGCUUCCCCCACAUUUGUGUUGAGUGUGGAAAAGGCUUCCGUCACCCUUCAGAGUUGAAGAAACACAUGCGCACACACACUGGCGAGAAGCCUUACUCCUGCCUGUACUGCGACUACAAGUCGGCCGAUUCCUCCAACCUCAAGACGCACAUCAAGACUAAGCAUAGCAAAGAGAUGCCAUACAAAUGUGAGCGCUGCUUCCAGACCUUUGCGGAGGAGGAGGAGUUAAUGCAGCAUGGACUGACACACGAGGAGAAUAAGACCCACCAUUGUGCCCACUGUGAUCACAAAAGCUCCAACUCCAGUGACCUGAAACGCCAUAUCAUUUCUGUUCACACCAAGGACUAUCCACACAAAUGUGCCAUCUGUGGUAAAGGCUUCCACCGGCCAUCCGAGCUGAAGAAGCACUCGGUCUCCCACCGCACCAAGAAACUCCACCAGUGCCGGCAUUGCAACUUUAAGAUCGCCGACCCUUUUGUCCUCAGUCGUCAUAUCUUGUCUGUCCACACAAAAGAGCAACAGGCCUCUCCUGAAAAGAGUGAGGCCAAGAGGACAGAGGUGCACUCUCCUGUUGCUACACCUAAAAAGUCUGCACCGAGCGGGUCCAGCAGCGCGGGCCCGCCUGGCAGAGUCAGUGCAGCCAGCUUAGCGAGCAGCGUGACUGUAGUUAUUGGUAAAGGACAGAAAGAGAGGAGAAUCUACCAGUGCCAGUACUGUGACUACAGCACCGGGGACGCUUCAGGUUUCAAGCGACACGUGAUUUCCAUUCACACAAAAGACUAUCCGCACCGCUGCGAGAUCUGUUCGAAAGGCUUCCGACGACCCUCGGAGAAGAACCAGCAUAUCAUGCGUCACCACAAAGACGUGGUGCAGGCAGAGUGACUCUGACCGAGCCAAAUACUGUGCCACAACAACGAACAAUGUUAAAGCAACCAUCACACCCCAAUCACUGCACCCUCAGCCUGACGCCAUCGCAUUGAAAUAAUGUGGUGUGUGUGCGUGCUGCACUUAGUCCUUUCUGUUGUUUUUGCUCUUUUGUCUAUCCUCCGCCUAAUGUUUGUUCAGAAAUGUAAACACAUGUACAUAACAUAAACACCGUCAAGAGUUAGCAACAAAAACCCCUCCGUAGACUUGCACUUUGAACUGCAUGUCCCUUACUGGUGACAGUGUGCAUGGCAGAUUGUUCAGGUGUCUCUUUGUAGAUAAACCUCUUUAAGUUUGCAGGCAGCAAUCAGUUGUCAAACACAAUGGUCCUAAUUAUUUGUCCCAAAACUUGAGUGUAAUUUGCAAAACACUUGCGUCAUAAAAAAAAAUACUAAACACAGCAGUAUGGAUUAGCAACCUGUUUGCAGUAGCACUUACCAUCCUGGUAAAAAUCAUGAUGAAUGCAGUACUCAAGUUGUGCGUGCGUGUGUGUGUGAGAGUGAGAGAGACUAGGGAAGGAUUGUGUGCAUGUGUAAAUGAAGAGUGAGUGAAAAACAAAGCAUCUGUUGUGCUUCCCGGUGCUCAGACCCCACCUCUCUGUAUCAUAGUGCUUUGAUGUGUUUACACAAACACGUGGUCGGCUGUGUACAGCACGCAGAGAAAACAAUCAUUCUUAUCUUUGUACACCGGGGGGGGUCUAUGGUCAUGAACGUAACACAUAAUACACAGUAAAGUAGUGGUGGAUAUGUCAUGGUAGUCAACACAAGCUCAUACAGUAUGUGCACCUUUUAUCGAGAUCAUUACCUGAUAGCUUGAUCAUCAAACACCCGUCUGAUAUAUCAGUUUCCCGUCAGUAAAUGUACUGUAUCUGUUCAGAACUGGUGCCUGAAGCAGUAGAGAUGAAGCCCUGACUAGACGGUAUUCAAAACCAAUUAAUGCUACCUGAGGAGUAAAUUGUCAUUCAUUCGAGGAAAAAAAAGGCGUGUUUGUGACGAGGAAAAUGUGAUUGCAACAUUAUUAAUGAUUAAAAACAACCGUAAUGAAAUUUAAAAGAAAAGAACCCAUCAGUGUACGAAUGUACCUGUCUGUUUUAAAGAGGAAUCAUUCAGUAUACCUGGUGCUGCUGUUCAACAACUAUGGACUGAACUCUUUGUCUCCCCUCACAGAUGUACUUUUACCAGUAGAAAGGGAAAAUGUAUAUCUUUUUAGAUACAACUUCAGAAGACAGGUGCUGGUGGUGUACUUGUACUAAGGCUUUUUACAUUUUUUUUGUUAUCACCUGUGAUCAUUUCUGUUUUUAUAUUUAUUCAUUUACAAGUUGUUGUAUAGUUAAGUGUAACUAGACUUCUAUGGGACGUAAAUUAUUGUUUUGUAUACAAAUCUGUACAAAGCGUGUAGAUGUAAACACUUGAUAAACUGAAAUCUGAACUGUGUUGUUAUGGAUGUACUUCAGCGUAUUUGUUAAAAAAGGUAAUAAAAGCAAAGUAUUUUA